AAGCGUCAAACUGACGACCUAGAAAGAAAAAAACUCAUUUCAUUCCCAUCUCUCACGCGGUGGUGGUGAGAGGCAGCAGAGUCAAAUAGGAAGAAAACCUAGUGUUGGUUUAUCUUCGUUUACAAGUAAAACUUUUCCUUACAAACUCCUCAGAUCUCUUCUAUUCAUUCUUAGUAUCACCAACAAAUUGAAUUCAAGCAGUAGUAGUUAUGGCUGGGCGUUAUGAUAGUAAUCCUUUCGACGAGGAAGAAGUAAAUCCGUUCUCGGAGCCUGCAGUUAGGGGGAAAAGUUCGGGUCAGUCUAAUUAUGGUGGAGGAGCAUUUUAUACAACACAUCCUGGUAGUGUUGCUGCUGCCACGAACUCAAGGCUUUCACCUCUUCCUCCUGAACCUGCAGGAUUCAACUAUGACCGUGAUGCAAAUAUUAAUAUCCCUCUUGAAUCAACUAAGGAUUUAAAGAAGAAAGAGAAGGAGCUCCAAGCCAAAGAGGCUGAAUUGAAGAAAAGAGAACAGGAACUUAAAAGGCGGGAAGAUGCUGCAUCACGAGCUGGAAUUGUCAUAGAGGAGAAGAACUGGCCGCCAUUUUUCCCCAUAAUUCAUCAUGAUAUUGCAAAUGAAAUACCAAUCCAUUUACAAAGGCUACAGUAUAUUGCAUUUACUACAUUUUUAGGAUUGGUAGUGUGUCUUCUUUGGAAUCUUAUUGCAGUUACAACUGCCUGGAUUAAGGGAGAAGGGGUUAAAAUUUGGUUCCUUGCUAUCAUCUACUUUAUUUCUGGAGUUCCUGGAGGCUAUGUGUUAUGGUACCGUCCGCUUUAUCGUGCCAUGAGGACUGAAAGCGCUCUGAAGUUUGGGUGGUUUUUCUUCUUUUACUUGAUUCACAUAGGCUUCUGCAUCUUGGCAGCGGUAGCUCCACCAAUUAUCUUCAAAGGAAAAUCCCUGACAGGUAUCUUAGUUGCGGUUGAUGUUGUGGGCACCAGUGCUUUGGUUGGGAUCUUCUACUUUAUUGGAUUUGCGCUCUUCUGUCUUGAAAUAGUAAUUAGCAUCUGGGUUAUUCAGCAAGUAUACAUGUAUUUCCGAGGCAGUGGAAAAGCUGCAGAGAUGAAGCGUGAGGCAGCAAGAGGAGCCAUGAGGGCAGCGAUAUGAGAUUUACCAUACCACUGACAUUAUGGAUUAGGUUGUAUAUCCCCUUGUCUAUUGUUAUUUGGAGAAAUAUGUCUUUGGUCGGGCAACGGCUUCUUCGUCAUGCACUCACCACACGGGAUGGUUAGAUUGUUCAGGUUUCUCAUUGUGUUAGAUGCUGCUGUUUUAUAAUAUCAUAUAUCGAGAACAAACUGGAUUACAACAUAGAAAAAAAGAAAGAAUUUUAUGAACUCCUGUUAGAAGACUUCAUUUCGAGUUUGUGUUGUAGAAAGGUUGGUCUUUUGUAGCCAUUCUUUAUGAUAAUCGUUUCUGUAAUUCAUUUUCUGGGCAAACUUGUGUCCUCUUUUGUGAAGGUCAUGUUACUAAUUAAUUCAUUUUGGUAUUGAGAUGUUUUUUUUUUGGCUCUCUUUA